AUGGAAGAAAGAGAACUGCACGAAAUGCAAAGAGUGAGGCAAGAGACAGCCCACGUGAACACGGUCGCUCCAAAGGUCCCAGAAGCCACUCAUGAGCCGACAUUUUUGUCAAGAGCGUCCUCCAGGACUGUUCGCGAACCAGUGGUCAGACAUCUACACACAUCGCUGUGGCCGCUGGUAGUCUUCAUAUUCUACGCCGCGCUCUCCGCUUUCACAUGGGCCGUUUUUUGCAUUGCGAGCAAGCGGCCGAUUGGAAGCAAGCAGGAUUAUGGGAACCAAGAUGGCUACAGAAAGGAGCUGGAUGCUAUCUUGACUAAACACGAGAACGCCAUCAGGGCAGCGCAGAUCAUACAGGUAGUCGUCGCACUAAUCACUAUUCCCAUCACAUCGGCAAUUUGUUCAAUGGCUCUGGCUUCUUUCAUCCAAACGGGCGGCGCAAGAACGAAAUUGAACCUUCGCCAGACCAUGGCGCUCGCAGACCAAGGCUGGAUCAGUCCACGCAUAUGGACUAUGUAUUCCAAAGUAGGAAGUCUACCAUUAUACAUCGCCUUUGGGUUGACGUUGGUCGGUGUGAUCUUCCAGAUCCUUCAAGGAAUCUUUGUUCGGAUCACCCCCGCACAGAUGCCGUCUGAGGAAACCAGAUAUAAUAACCACUAUGUCCCUGAUCUGCCUGCUUUAAUCAGCAGUAGUGAUAGAUACCCCACGCCUAGGGUCAUUCAACUCCGUAGCAUCCUGGAAUCGAUUACGGAGAACCAUUAUGAACCCUUCCUCUGGGUCAAGCCGGAGGGUGAUGGCAUGUGUCGAAAUCCAACUCAGUGCCGUUAUCACGAUUAUCGGAGAGAUUUCCAGAUCAUCGCCGAUUCCGAUUAUCCAGACCUUUGGUUCACACCCUUACCAUCGGACUACAACACCGGUGUCUACAAGGAGCUUCAGUAUGUGCCGCGCAUCAACACAACGGUUACAUAUACGAACAUGACUGCUGCCGAAUGGCCAAGCGAGUGUGUUCGUGACAAAGAAGGUGUAUUCUUUGCAGAGUAUCACUCACAUCGUCCUGGGGCCUACGAUGUCGAUCUAACGGCUUGCAUGCCUACCAAUAUUAGCGACACACCCUGGCAAGCUACACACAAUCGGCAGGAUAUCACAGAAGAGCUCUAUCUUAAUGUAACAGCACGAUACGAAGAAAGCCCCCUCUACUACAAAAUAACUGCCCAAACGUCAUUAGGUUACUUCGAGCUUCCGUCUGCCAAGAAUGGGAAUCGCGCCGGGCCCUUGCUCGACAAUUGUUCACUGCCACGCAUCGACGACUGGGGCUCGAGAGACAGUAGUUGGGACAAAGGCCUGGCAGUUCGGGAUACCAACGGCAGCUAUGCUGGAAACGUCACACAGAGGAUAGGAAACCAUAUCGGUCCUCUGACUACGCUUGGACUAGCCCUCUUUGGUGAAGGCUCUUACAUCGAGAAACGCGUUUCGAACCCAUCCGCUUUCGUAAUCAAUCGAACCAAGGUGUACGAUGCCGAAUACGAUGCAUGGUAUACGCCCUGGAGCUCAAAUUGCGACUCAUCUAUGCCUCUUUCCUUUGCUUUUACAAGCACGAGGGAAUGUGAUCAAGACUCUGACCACAGGGAUGAAGACUACAUUAUCGGAGAAGUGAAUAGUUUUGUAAACUGGUUUUCGCAAGAGACCACUGCAAGAGAAGCGUUCACUGUGGGCGCUUACCUCGCUAACAAGGACUGGCUGGAUCAAGCCAGAGGGUACACUCUGUCUUACGAUGCAAGGCGGGCAGUGGUUGCUGACCAAGGCAUCACAAUCAGCAAGAACAAGAUAACGAUUGUGGAAAUCAUCAUUGGCUCCAUCUUUCUCGGUCUUCAUCUCCUCGGGCUACUAGUGCUCGCCAUCUAUGCCGUUUACGGAAAGCCGUUUGUGCCAUGGCUGGGUGGGGAGGUAAUGGUCAAGGCCGGGACGGUCCAUGCAGAUAUCUUGAGCGCCGCGGAGGGACAUAGACAGUGGAAGCAGACCAUGGCUGCUUGCCCGGGAUUCGUUGGGGAUGAAAGACCAACGGAUAGUGUAGGCAGAAUCGCAUUCGGAGCCGUUGCAGGCUUGAGUCGAUUAAGCGACCGGAAGUUUGAGACUCUGUAG